AUCCUUUCUUACAUCAUAGACUCAUCAAAACACAUGUAAAAUAGAUUAUAAAUCAUUAAAAGGAAUCUAAACCAAACUGAAAACAAGCUUUCAGAAAAUUAUUUCAAAAAUUUUGAGGGAGAUAGCGAAAUGAUGGGUAAGGGAGGAUCAAGUUCAAAACAGUGGGAUUUGAAAUUGAGAGGGAAGUUCUUAUUUGGUUUAGUUGUUGUAGCUUCAUUGGUGGUUGCAGCAGAAUCAAGUUUGGAACAAGAAGGUUCAGGAUACAAUGAGACUCACAAGGUUGUUGAUCAGUCUCAUAGCCAUUCAGUUUAUAAACAUAAUUGGCCAAAAAUGACAUUUGGCUGGAGGAUUGUGGUGGGAGCAAUAAUUGGGUUUCUUGGAGCAGCAUUUGGGAGUGCAGGAGGUGUUGGUGGGGGCGGCAUUUUUGUCCCAAUGCUAACCCUAGUAAUUGGAUUUGAUGCAAAAUCAUCAAUAGCCAUAUCAAAAUUUAUGAUCACAGGCGCAGCAGCUUCAACAGUAUACUACAAUUUGAACGAGAGGCAUCCUACACUUGAAAUGCCAGUGAUUGACUAUGAUCUUGCUCUUCUGUUCCAACCAAUGUUGGUGUUAGGAGUUAGCAUUGGAGUUACUCUCAAUGUGAUUUUUGCAGAUUGGAUGAUCACAGUUCUACUAAUUAUUCUGUUCAUUUUUAUCUCAACAAAGGCAUUCUUAAAGGGCAUUCAAUCAUGGAAGAAAGAAACCAUAAUAAAAAAGGAGGCUCCCAGAUGUCUGGAAUCCAAUGUUGUGGUUCCAUCUCCUUCUCCUGAAAGCUUAAGCAAUGAUGCUCAAACAGAAACCAAUCAGGCUCCUAAAAAGGAAAAGGUGUCUGUUAUAAAAAAUGUUUACUGGAAAGCACUUGGAUUUCUCUUCUCUGUCUGGUUAAUUAUUCUUGCAUUGCAGAUUGCUAAGAAUUAUGUAAGAACUUGUUCUGUGCCAUACUGGAUAUUUGACUUUGCUCAGGUUCCGGUUGCUGCUUCAGUAACUAUAUAUCAGGCAGUUAGGCUUCACAAAGGACAACGAAGAAUUGCAUCAAAAGGAGCAGCAGGGACUGACCUGAGAGUAGUCAAGUUGGUCAUGUAUUGUUUCUGUGGUUUUUUAGCUGGUGCUGUUGGUGGUUUGCUUGGUCUUGGUGGAGGAUUCAUUUUAGGACCUCUUUUUCUUGAGAUGGGAAUCCCUCCUCAGGUCUCAAGCGCCACAUCUACUUUUGCAAUGACAUUUUCUGCUUCCAUGUCUGUGAUCGAAUAUUACCUUCUGAAACGUUUCCCAGUUCCUUAUGCUGUCUACUUUUUUUUGGUGACUACAAUUGCUGGGCUUGUGGGGCAAUCUGUGGUGAAGAAAGUGAUUGAUAUGUUAGGAAGAGCAUCUAUAAUAAUCUUCAUUCUGUCUUUCACAGUUCUUGUCAGUGCAAUAUCACUAGGUGGGGUUGGCUUAGCUGACAUGAUAAAAAAGAUUCAAAGGAAGGAGUACAUGGGAUUUGACACCAUUUGCUCAUAAGUCAUAUACACGUCAUAUUCGACAAAAACAACUUUUCAUAUAGGGUUUAGCGUUUUAUACAUAUAUUUAUCAGUUCGAAAAAGCAAAAUAAGAGAAUCGAAUCAGCCGGACCUGAUAAUUUUUAUUAACCGGCUCGAGCAAGAAUUAAAUGAAUCAAACGGUACAUAUAAAUCUAAGCCAUAAAUACAACAAUUACAUAGUAAUAUAAAUUAAAGAGGUCCAUAAAUACAUAGACCUGAUCUCAUUAUUACAGGUAUGGGCUGAGCAAUAGUAUCAUACUGAUCCAUUUGAGAUGAACCCAAUAUAGGAGGAACUCACCAUCUCAUCUCUUAUUGUCAUCUUCGCCAUUUUUUUUUUUUUCCUUCAAAAGGGUAAUCAAGUAUAUUUCUUCUUUUGUCCCAAUUUUUAUUUUCACACCUUACAUUGCAAUUAAUAAAUAUUGCUUGUACAUGGCUUUAAUUUUUCAGCAUCUUAUUUAUUUGCAUACCAAAUAAUAAUCGUAGCGGAGUUAAUUUUCUAUAGGACAAAAUUGGAAAUAAGUUAAUGUCACGACCCAUUUUCGUAAGCCGGA